AUGUCUUGCCACUCCUACCGAGUCAGCUCUGGUCGCCGUGUGGGCAACUUCAGCUCUUGUUCAGCAAUGGCCCCGCAGAACCUGAACAGAUUCCGAGCCAGCUCCAUCUCCUGCAGGAGUGGGUCCAGCUUCCGAGGCCUUGGCAGUUUUGGUAGUCGGAGCGUCAUCACCUAUGGAUCAUGCUCACCCCGGAUAGCAGCUGUAGGCCCUCGUCCCAUCCACUGUGGAGUCGGCUUUGGUGCUGGUGGUGGGUGUGGUGCUGGUCUAGGGUUUGGAGCCAGCAGUGGCCUUGGCUAUGGCUUUGGUGGCCCUGGCUUUGGCUACAGAGUUGGAGGAAUUGGAGUCCCAGCAGCCCCAUCUAUCACAGCAGUGACUGUUAACCAGAGCCUGCUGACCCCUCUCAACCUGGAGAUUGACCCCAAUGCUCAGAGGGUGAAGCGAGAUGAGAAGGAGCAAAUCAAGACCCUCAACAACAAAUUUGCUUCCUUCAUCGACAAGGUGCGGUUCUUGGAACAGCAGAAUAAGCUUCUAGAGACCAAGUGGAACUUUCUCCAAGAGCAGAAGUGUGCCAGGAGCAAUCUGGAGCCCCUCUUUGAGAGCUACAUCACCAACCUGCAGAGGCAGCUGGAUGCAGCCAGCAGCGACCGGGCCCAUCUGGAGGCUGAGAGGAACAACAUGCAGGAUGUCCUUGAAGGUUUCAAGAAGAAGUACGAAGAAGAGGUGGAAUUCCGGGCCAAUGCUGAGAAUGAGUUUGUGACUCUGAAGAAGGAUGUGGAUACAAAUUUCUUAAAUAAAUCUGAUCUAGAGGCCAACGUGGAAACCUUAGCUCAGGAAAUUGACUUCCUGAAAACCCUAUACAUGGAGGAAAUCCAGCUGCUGCAGUCACACAUCUCAGAGACCUCGGUCAUCGUGAAGAUGGACAACAGCCGGGACCUGGACUUGGAUGGAAUCAUCACCGAAAUCAAGGCCCAAUAUGAAGAGGUUGCCAGGCGCAGUCGGGCAGAUGCUGAGGCCUGGUACCAGACCAAGUAUGAGGAGAUGCGGGUGACAGCUGGCCAACACUGCGACAACCUGCGUAACACACGGAAUGAGAUCAAUGAGCUGACCCGCCUGAUCCAGAGGCUGAAGACAGAGAUCGAGCAUGCCAAGGCUCAGCGGGCCAAGCUGGAGGCCGCAGUGGCUGAGGCGGAGCAGCGGGGUGAGGCAGCCCUCAAGGAUGCCAAAUGCAAGCUGGCAGAUCUGGAGGGCGCCCUGCAGCAGGCCAAGCAGGACAUGGCCAGGCAGCUGCGUGAGUAUCAGGAACUGAUGAACGUCAAGCUGGGCCUGGACAUUGAGAUCGCCACCUACAGGCGCCUGCUGGAGGGCGAGGAGAUCCGGAUCUGCGAAGGUGUUGGACCAGUAAACAUAUCCGUGAGCAGCUCCCGCGGUGGCCUGGUGUGUGGGCCUGAGCCCCUGGUUUCCAGCUCUACCCUCUCCCGCAGCAGAGUCACCUUCUCCGGCAGCAGCACCCGUUCUGGUGGCGUCUGUGGCUCCAGCCUGGGUGGGGCCCAGGUCGUCAUGGGCAGCGGGGACCUGCUCAGCACAGGCUCCCGGGGAGGCUCGAUGCUGAUGAGAGAGUCCUGCACCCCCUGCGCCCCCAGCAUCCCCUGCCCGCUGCCCACCGAGGGCGGCUUUAGCAGCUGCAGUGGGGGCCGCAGCAGCCGAGGUUCCAGCGUCCGCUUCGUGUCCACCACCACCUCCCGCCGGACCAAGUACUGAGAGCCUUUG